CUGGCGGCUCCCGGCGUGCGGGGAGCCGGCCCGGCCGUGAGGGAGCUCCGGCGGCUGCAGACUCCCCUCGGUGCGGUCGUGCGGGAGGGCUGGAGCGGCGCCUCGUACCGCAUCUCUGUCCUCCGGAAACCCGCCAGCAUCAUCGCAUACCGAUGAGUUUAGGGCGCUUCUUGACCAUCUAGUCUCCUGCCUUCAGGAUGCCACUGCUUAGCUACAGCAUAAAAGCUGCUGAUUUGACUUGAGCAAAAAUUACCUAAGUGGGGUACCUCGUGGGAUGAGGAUGCUGCACCUGCCAGAGUCUUAUGCAGGAAAAAGUGGACAAAUGAUGAAUCACUUCAUGAUUCUGGCAGUACUGCUCCCCCUGAGGACAUGCUACACUUCAUACUCACAGCAAGAAUCUGAUGUGUUUCCAGUAACGUACCUUAACGUUUCCAAGGAUUUGGGUCUUCAGCGGCUGCUGGUGGAAUGGGAUGUUGUCAAGUCUGCGCAUGAUGCUGAGCUGGCAAUGUCUUUUGAGAUACAAGUCUGUCGAAUUGAUGAAGCUACUAUUGUGAGGACAGAAUUUCAUAAUGUCACACUUGAUAAACUGGGAAAGCCUCUUCAUUGGACAUGGGAUUCAGACAUACCUUUGGAGUGUAUGUCACAUGCUGUGAGAAUCAGGGGCAAGGCAGAAGCAUCAAAAAUCUGGAGUAACUGGAGUUUGUGGGAGACUGUCCCUGGCCUGGACACUUCAAAUAGAAGUGGGCCACAAAUCUUUCCGAAAAAAGAAUUUUUAGCAGAAGGCUCUGAUAUCACUUUUUGCUGCAUCGGAGGGAAAGGUCAAGCCAUUAAGAAAUUCUUUGUAUCCCCAACGGUUGAUGUUUUCAAGCGCACAAACAAUCAAGUCAGACUUCUCACCGUGGAAAAUCUGUCACAUGACAAAGGGUCUACCAUUCAUUUCUACUGUUAUGAUGAAGAUGGGCGGUUACAUCAGGCAGCUUUCUUUGUGGGUAAACCACCUGAUACACCUAAAGACUUUUCCUGCCAUACUCAAGACAUGAGAAGAGUAACAUGUACUUGGAGAGAAGGAGAGACCUAUCUCUAUGGACGGAAUGCACCACAAUACACCUUGUCUAAAACGUCAUCUCCGAAAAUGGCUCUGUGCAAAGCAAGUUGUUCUUCUGAGCAGUGCUCCUGCUCUUGGGAUAUAGGCCAGCAGCGGAUCUGGAAUGUCACAGUGACUGUGGAAAACCCACUGGGAAAGAAAAAUGCCACAGAUGUUUUUGAUGUAAAUCACAGAAUGUAUCCCACUGCACCUUUCCAGGUUUGGGAAGAUUGCACAGAUACAGAAAUUACGUUACAUUGGAAUUAUGAAAACAAUGAAAUUGAACUUUUUUGUCAGACUGAAGUGGUCCAACCUGAUGGCAAAGUAGAACUGCACAACAGCUCCGUGGCGCACUCGAAGCGGGUCACGGUGCGUGGGCUGCAGCCCUACACGGCGUACACGGCCCGGGUGCGCUGCGCAGCGGCCACGCACUUCUGGAGGUGGAGUGAGUGGAGCCAAGCCCUGACCACCAGAACUAAGGAAGGAAUUCCAUCAGGGAAACUGGACAUAUGGAGAGAAAUUACACCAGUUCUGGGGGGACGAAAUGUGACUUUGUUCUGGAAGCAAACACCAAGUUUUCAAGCCAAUGGAAAAAUUAUUUCAUAUGAAGUAACCUGGGAAAAAAUAGAAGAUGGCUCCACGCCUGAAAGCAUCUCCUUUUCUGCAGUCUACAAUAGCACAAGGAUUUUAAUCGAUAACCAUUCCUACAGAAUCAGUAUCAUGGCGAAGAACAAUGUUCAUUUUUCACUUCCUUCAGUAUUGAUCAUCUCUAGAGCUACAGAUAACAGCACUGAAGAGCUUAAGGAAGGACAGGUUAAUGGUACAGAUGAUGGCAUUUUUAUAUCAUGGGAGCCCAGAAGUAUAUAUGACAGUUACAUUAUUGAUUGGUGUAACUUCCCCAGGCUGCAGCCUUGUGAUUUGCAGUGGAAGAGAUUUGGACCCAACAUUUCCAGUGCUGUGAUCAGCUCAGCUGCUUUUGUUCCAGGGGUGAGAUACAAAUUCUGCAUCUAUGGAUCUGUUGCUAAUAGAACCUCCUUACUGGAAAAGAAGAUUGGUUAUCUCAGGGAACUGCCUCCUCAUGUUGACCCUAUUGUCAGAAAAGUUGACCUGACUUACAAUUCAGUAACACUGUCUUGGGAUUCUUAUCUCACAAAUGAGUCAGAGACUGGUUUUGUAAGAGGCUACCAUGUUUACAUGUCACCUAUACAAGGGAACUGCAACUUGAAAGGAUCAAAAAAGUACAUUCUUUCAGAUGAAUCAGAGCUAUGUAAAUACACAAUCGAAAACCCAGAAGAAAAGAGAUACACCGUGAAACACCUGAUGCCAAACACAAAAUACAAAAUAGCAGUUAAAGCAUUUACAGGUGGAGGAGAGACGCCCAUUGUUUACUUUAGAUACAUAGAUACACCAUAUAACUCAAACAUACUGUACUUUGUAUUCCUGGUAGUGAUACUUCCAACCCUAGUAGCAGCUAUAUGCCACUGGAAGAUGAAGUGGGUGAAGGAGUCCUGCUGCCCUGUAAUACCUAGUCCUAACGAGAGCAAAGUGCUGUCAUUCAAAGAGUUUAAGAUUGAUUCUGAGAAAGUGCUGAAAAUAAAUGACUGCCUUCCUGAUGUGCUAGCAGUGGACAGUGAUGCUGAAGCUCAGAAAUUGCAUCCUGUUACCUGGAGCUCGUUAUCAUCAACACCAAGUGAAGAUAAGACUGAUGAUCACAAUUCUUCCUGGAUUUAUCCUAGUGAAAAUGUAGUGAGAGACUUUCCACCCACACCUACACCUCAAACUCAUACUUGUUUUGAGAAUUUUGCUUAUUCUUCUCCGCUUGAGGCUGAAUCUGAUCCCCACCAUAUACCGGAGACACUGGAAGCAGGCAAGACAAAUCAGGCAGUGAUGCUGUACCAGCCACAAUGCUAUUUAGACAUUUUUCAUGAGGAUGCAGCCUCAGCCACCAGAGAAAUAGCUGAGAGAAAGAACAGUCUGAGAUACAUCUCACAAACAGAUGUUCACUGCCCGGGUGAGAGGUUUUGAUGUUCUACCCUCCAGUGGGUCCAAACAGUGUUUGGCUACACACUAUAAAUGAGAAUUUCUAAAACCACAACUUCUUUUGAUUAGGGUUUUCACAAGCCCAGCUGCUCGACUGCCAUUAAUACGGCAAAGCUGUUGUUCCUGGACUAGUUUUGAGUACUGAUUUACACAGGAAUUAUGUGUGUUAUGGUUCUGCUACAACUUACGGGCAUUAAAUGACGUUUUUAGGCUGUUUUGUGGCCUGUAUUAUGCAGAAAGUUACAUCACAGCAAUCUGUCGCAGGCUGAUGCAGAGAACUGCUUUAUUUUUGCAGCGAUUAAAACGAUUCAUAAAGUAGAGGAGCAAGUAAAACAAGAGGGAAAGUUGUGCUGUUUAAGGAGCGUAUUUCUCUUGAAGUGUUCUGUGUACUCUGGCCAUUCUAGCCAAUGGGUCCUGUGCUGCUGGGCAUGGAGCAUUACCCAGCCCAGUCAUUUUGGGGGCUGGCUUGUAUAUUCUCUAAUGAUGUAAGGAAUCAUCAUAGAAGUGUUACCUGCACACAGUGUGGCUUGUUCCUAGAUUCAAAGAAACUUUGACUUCCCUAGGAGUGCUGCCCAAACCACCCAAAUCCAGUGAUCAUCCUGCUUUUACUUCACUUGUGUCACAGCUACACUUGAUGUGUUAAAGAACACAGAAAACAGGUUUUUAUAGGGAAGACCCUGCUUCCGUUUCUUGUAACUGGGGAUCCUCACACUUACGCCUUCUCUGUCUAAAGACCCUUUAAAAUCAUCUUAACUAUGCAUUGAAGAGAUGUAGGGAUUUAGGUGGAAAGGAGUUAAUUUUCCACAAGGACAGAGGUGGUGCCACAUGGCACAUGGUCUCUCCGCUUGUGCACAUGAGCUGAACUUUUGGCAUUGACCCCUGUACUUCCACAGCAAACCCCAACCUGCCAACCAACCGAUCAGGCUGGUCAUAAUCACAGGUGUAUGAAUCACAUUUGUGAAGAACAUCCUAUUCAGGCUGCAUAAAUCUAAAUCUCUCAACACUAGUUUUGCAUGUGUUAUAAAAACAAAACCAAAAAAAUAACACUCAGUGACACCAAGUAACAUUCAGAAUCCCUACAGUAGGCAGCAGUGAAUUUGGCCUUUCAUUUUGAUUUCAGGAAAUGGUUAAUACAUAAUGAAGCAGUACAGUUGGAAUUGUAGCUGAAAGUUUCAACAAAUUUACCUCAGUGCACAAGGAACCCUUUGGUUUUGCCUCUUAUGCUGUCUGGAAUCUGUCACAAAGAGAUGGUUUUAACUUAAGAGCACAGCAUAAUUGAUUCUCAAAGGUGAAACAAAUGAAGGGUGUCUGACAACUUGAUGUUCAGCUAGUUUGCUAAAAUGCAGUUAUUUGUCUUCCCUGUGUUUCACUAGCUAAUCACACUCCUAGGAACUAAGCAGCUGCAGACAAAGUGAGAUCUGAUAUUGAACCACAUCUAGUUUUUAUACUGUUGCUUACAGAUACUGUUGUAAUGUCACAAGCUGUGUUGCAACAGGAAAACCAGUAAGACCUUGCACAACCUGUGAGACAAGCACUGACUGCAAACAAAGGGAGAAGUCUUUAGCCAGGAAAAGGGGAGGUACAAACAUACAGACACAGAUGUGAGCAGAUGUGGUUGGAGGUGUUCAGUCCACACCAUGCCACGUCCAUCUGUGUGCUGUACACAGGUGCAGGUGGCUCACACACUUGAGAAGGAGAGGAGAGUAUGCAGCAUGGUCCUUCCUUUCAGCCUCCAGGCAGCUAAGGAAACACAGCUGGGUUCCUUCUGCUGAAGGGCAAGAGAACAGUGGGGGUAAGGGAGAAGGCUGAUGCUAUUUAAUGGAUACAUCCUAGGGAAAGUUCCUCCCUUUAUCUUAACCUCUGCUUUGAGUAACAAUGCAUGUGAAAGCUUGAUACCACAGGAUUUUUAUAGCUUGGAACAUUUGCUUCUCCAGCGUGCUUCAUCACAUUGUAUGUACUUGUGUAGGUUAAAAGCUUUACUGUUGGAAAAAAGGCCAAUAAAUGUAAGGGAGCUGCUUUGUUACAACUAAUACAAAACUUCUGAGCUCUAUAUUUAAAGUGUCUUUAUUCUAAAAUGUUGAAAAGUUAUCCUAAAUCAAGAGUUAUGUACUAUGGAAUUCAGAUAUAAAUGUCAGUCAAAGAUAUCAGAGUAUUGCACAAAGCAUUUUAAAUUUUGACAUUGCUGCAGUUCCUCGUGUCAGGGGGACAGCUGCAACCAGACACAAGUCCCUGCUCUGGAAAAGCUGCUGUCACUGAAGCCUGGCUGCAGCAAUUUCCCCCAGGAAGUGAAUCAAAGGGGUGGGUUCAGCCAGUUGGGGUGGCUGAGCUCCCACCUCUCAGUCUCCUGGUCGGUCCCAGGGAUAUCCCGCUCUGAUGAAAUUCCAUUAUCUGGAUGCAGUGACACACUUGACCACAUUCCAGAUUGCUGAGUGAGGGAAGGAGAAGCCAGCUCCUCUUUCCCUAUAAGCCCUUCUGCUUCCUGGCUGUAAUGGGUGGUGCUUUGCGAAACCUCCUGUGAAUAAAAAGCACACAAAUGGAGGAUUCCAGGAAGGAUAAUGCCUCUGUGCCAGUCAAAGGGCACAGUCUGGGCACUAGAACUGAAGAUUAGAGAAGUAUUUUGGCAUAUGUGGAGAAGUGUGUAUAAUUUUUAUGUAUUAAAACAUCUGUCUUGCAUUAAUGUUUGAAUGAGUUCAGAAGUGUAAUCCUCUUUUUUUGUUCAUAAUGCAACUUUCACAGCUGUUGCUGAUAUGCUAAUACUUAAACCAUCACAUAGCAGAAAAUCAUUCUCAGUAUGUUAAA